CCAAACCAGAAAGUUGCUAACUGUCAGGAAAGCCGGUUGGGUUUUGCCGAGUCUAUAUUUAAUAUAUAUAUAAAUUCAAAUAUAAUUGAUAAUUUAUUAGUUUGUUAAAUUUAUAUUCAAACUUUAUCUCAUCAAGAUCUCAGAGCAUCGAUCUUUUAAUAGAAAAAUGGCAACACUUAAGGAAAAAUUACUGAGCAUAGUAAAGGAGCCGACUGGUAAUGGAAAGAAUAAAAUAACUGUCGUGGGGGUUGGUCAAGUCGGUAUGGCCUGUGCGUUUAGUAUUUUAACAAAAUACGUUUCGAGCGAUGUUGUUUUGAUUGACGUGAUGGCAGACAAGUUGAAAGGGGAGAUGAUGGAUCUACAGCAUGGAAGUCCUUUUUUGAAAAAUUCACGUGUUAAUGCGAGUACUGAUUACGCAGCGAGCGCAGGCUCAAGUAUUUGUAUCGUCACUGCGGGAGCUAGACAACGCGAAGGAGAAACUCGUCUGGAUUUAGUUCAGCGCAACACUGAUAUUUUCAAGGGAAUAAUUCCUCAGCUCGUUAAGCACAGCCCCAAUUGUAUUCUGCUCAUCGUGUCAAAUCCCGUUGAUAUCUUGACUUAUGUUGCUUGGAAAUUAUCCGGGUUCCCGAAAAAUCGCGUCAUUGGUUCUGGUACAAAUUUAGAUUCCGGACGAUUCCGUUUUCUGUUGUCCCAAAAAUUGGGCGCUGCUCCAACUUCUUGCCAUGGGUGGAUUAUUGGAGAACAUGGUGAUACUAGUGUUCCAGUUUGGUCGGGAGUUAACGUUGCUGGAGUACGUCUACGUGAUCUUGACCCCCGUGUUGGGACCAAAGAGGACCCAGAAAACUACGGAGACAUUCACAAACAAGUCGUCUCAAGUGCUUAUGAAGUUAUCAAGCUAAAGGGUUACACUUCAUGGGCUAUCGGUCUCAGUGUCGCUAAUCUUGCGUCGGCAAUGUUGAGAAACUCUGGUCAAGUCCAUGCAGUAUCAACGAUGGUCAAAGGCUUCCAUGACAUUGAUGAAGAAGUAUUUUUAUCUGUACCCUGUGUGUUGGGAUUGGACGGAGUUACUUCUGUUGUCCAGCAAAAAUUGACUGAAGACGAAAAAUCUCUUUUGCUGACUUCAGCCAAAACAAUGCAUCAAGUCCAGGCUAACUUGAAAUUUUAAAUUUAAUUAACUAACUAAAAUAUAUAGCGAGUACAUAUUUAAAAUAAUUGUUAACUGCAUGAUUAAUAUAUUUAUGGAUCUAUUUAAAAGUUAUGUCUAUUUGAAAAAAGAUCUGCAUAUUUUCUACUCAGUUUUAAUAUUUACAGUAAGAAAAAAUAAUAUUUUUAAAUCAAACUUUAACACAAAGUAGAACUUCCGGUUCUGGACACUUGGAAUAUUCAUAAAUAACAGAUAUUUCUAUUGUUGAGACACUUCUUACAGUUUAAAUAUUUUUUAUAUUCACGUAUAAAAAUAAAAUACUAAAUGUCCAUUAAUGGAGCGGGUUCAAAACUGGUACGUCUACUUUGUUUCCGAAUGAUAAAAAUACCUCAAACUUACAAUUAAUAAUAAUUAUAAUAUUUUAUACAUUUAUUUGGUCCAUUAUAAUGUACCUGUAUUUAUUAUAAUUGUGUGAUAUCAAUAAAGUAUUUGUGUGAAUAUUUAAA